UUAUUUUUUUUUUUUUUUUUUUACCGUUUCUGGUUGGAUGGAGGCGAGUCUUAAAAGUUUCCUCAGGAUGCGCCAGCUCCCUUCAGAUGCUUCUGGAGCAGAGCGGCACCGGGUCAUGGAGACGUGUAUUUAAAAGUUACCAGCCCAUGUAGGCGAAGGUGUCACCGGCUCUUUUUCUCGUGGAGAGCGCCGGCCCGCCCGCCCGAUCGCACACCGCCAGUGCACCGAGUCGCGUGGACCGUGAGAGCGCACCACGUGCCCUCCCCGCCCCCCAAAGAUGAACAUCCAAGUCGUGCCCGAGCACAAGCUCUCGUCGGUGGCACCGCUCAAGCAAUGCAACGUGGAGAAAAAGGAGGUCGAGCUCUUGUUGGUUAAGGACCAGAACGGGGUGCAGUACACCAGCUCGUCCAUCGUCCCCGCGCCCAGCCGAUACGCGGGGCCACUGGGCUCCAACUCCGAGGAGGAGCGGGAGCUGUGGGGCAAGAAAAUUGACUUUCUGCUCUCGGUCAUUGGGUUCGCGGUUGACUUAGCGAAUGUUUGGAGAUUCCCUUACCUGUGCUACAAAAAUGGAGGGGGAGCCUUUUUGAUUCCCUACAUUCUUUUCCUGGUCAUCGCGGGGAUGCCAUUGUUCUACAUGGAACUGGCCCUAGGCCAGUACACCAGGGAGGGGGCAGCCACUGUGUGGAAGAUCUGCCCCAUUUUUAAAGGCGUGGGCUACACAGUGAUUGUCAUCGCCCUUUACGUGGGAUUCUACUACAACGUCAUCAUCGCCUGGUCGCUCCACUAUCUGUUUUCGUCAAUGACCCGUGAGCUGCCGUGGCUUGAAUGUGACAACCCCUGGAACAGCCCCAACUGCACCGACCCCAAGACAAUCAAUAGCUCGGUCCUGGGAAAUGGUACCUCUUACGCUAAGUACAAGAUCACCCCGGCGGCGGAGUACUACGAACGCGGUGUGCUCCACCUCCACGAGAGCAGAGGCAUCGAGGACCUGGGCCUCCCCCGCUGGGAGUUGUCAUUGUGCCUGAUUGUCGUUGUCUUCAUCCUGUACUUCAGCCUGUGGAAGGGUGUCAAGUCCUCAGGGAAGGUGGUAUACAUCACAGCCACCAUGCCCUACGUGGUUCUCUUUGUGCUGCUCAUUCGAGGAAUCACACUGCCGGGUUCCAUGGAUGGCAUCCGGGCCUACCUGCACAUCGACUUUAAGAGGCUCAACAAUCUGGAGGUGUGGAUCGAUGCAGCCACUCAGAUAUUUUAUUCCCUUGGAGCAGGAUUUGGGGUGCUCAUCGCCUUUGCCAGCUAUAACAAAUUUGACAACAACUGCUACAGGGAUGCUCUGUUGACCAGCACUGUGAACUGCGUCACCAGUUUCUUCUCAGGGUUUGCCAUCUUCUCUGUGCUGGGCUACAUGGCCUACAAACAUGGGGUGAAAAUAGAAGAUGUCGCGACGGAGGGGGCAGGAUUGGUGUUCAUCAUCUACCCGGAGGCCAUUUCUACCCUCCCGGGCUCAACGUUUUGGGCUAUUGUGUUCUUCAUCAUGCUGCUGACUCUCGGCAUCGACAGUUCGAUGGGCGGCAUGGAGGCCGUCCUCACAGGCCUUACGGACGACUUCAAGAUCCUCAAGAGAAACAGGAAGGUGUUCACCUUCGCCACAGCCUUUGGCACCUUCCUGUUUGCGCUGCUCUGCGUUACUAAUGGUGGAAUUUACGUGCUGACUCUGUUAGACAAGUAUGCCGCCGGGACAUCCAUUCUCUUUGCAGUGCUGAUCGAGGCCAUCGGAGUGUCGUGGUUUUACGGUGUGGAUCGCUUCAGCGAAGAUAUUGAGCGGAUGAUGGGCUUCAAGCCAGGACUUUACUGGAGACUGUGCUGGAAAUUUGUCAGCCCUGCUUUUCUUUUGUUUGUGGUCAUCGCCAGCACUGUGACCUCAUCGGGCCUCAAGUAUGAUGAAUACGUCUUUCCACACUGGUCCAACGUGUUGGGUUGGGCCGUGGCCAUGUCCUCCAUGCUGUUUGUCCCCGUCUACGCCGUGUACAAGUUCUGCAGCGUCCCAGGAACAUUCAGAGAGAAAAUAGCCUAUUGCAUCACUCCCGAACACGAACAUCACUUGGUGGCGGAGGGAAACAUACGGCAGUUUAAACUCAGGCACUGGUUGGCCAUUUGAUGAAAAGUCCGAGGAAUCCCACCAUCCAGCCUCCCCAUCCACAGACAAGAGCAGCCUUUUUUUUUUCUUUUUUUUUGCAUCACUCUUGUUACUUAGCAAGGCUUAUAUUAUUGUCAAGCUCUUGAUAUCAAAACUAGUCUACAAGAGGUUUCACAUCAUUAGAUACACGUACUUGUCAAUGACAAUGUUUAGUAUUGCAUUCAUACGAUUCAACUUCAGCAAUGUUGACUGUUAUCUCCUGCAAGGCACUGAAUCAAAACCAAAAGGUGACAUGUGACACGUUUUUUUUUUUGUUUUUUUUUUUACCAUUUUAGGCCUUAUGAAUGUUAUUGUUGCUUGGAUUUAAGUGACCAUAUUUCCCGUUUUGUUGGCUUAUCGGUGCCUUAAUCGAGUGAGACGCUCAGUUUAUGUUUGACAGCGCGUUUCCGGAAAGGUUAAAAAAAAUAGUAGGAAAAAUUAACCGUAAUGACUCAGGAAGCCAUGGCAUAUGUAGUAUAAAUAUAAAUAAAACCACAGUUUUUGGAUGGCAAUCUCGCUUCGUCAUCGGUAACGGGGCUACGAGAACCGAACAGGUCGCCAUUUUUUUUGCGU